CUGGUAAGUGAACUCAUCGAUGACUAUCGUGACCGCAAGGAGCGUUUUAUUCAAAAAAAGGAUAAUCAGAAGUCUCGAGGUUUCCGAGUGAACAAUGAUCGCUAUCCACCUCUACGAAGUCUCCCACUUUAUGGCGGACUCCCAGCCCACGAGCAGCUACGUGUAUUCGAACGUCCCACUCACGCUGUCCGCACUGUUGUUGUGGCAACCAAUGUAGCAGAAGCUAGUAUCACUCUGCCUCGUGUUGGAUACGUCGUCGAUUGUGGUUACGCCCGUCUCAGAGCUUAUAAUCCUGACAACGCUUUGGAAGCUCUUGUAACAUUGCCUGUGUCCAAAGCGUCUGCUAAUCAGAGAGCUGGGCGAGCGGGUAGAGUUAGGGUUGGAGAAGUUUACCGACUCUAUACUGAAGAGGCUUAUCGUCUUAUUCUACCCCGUUUCACAGCUCCUGAAAGCCAAAGAAGUGAUCUCUCUGCCGCUUUACUGCGUCUCAAAUCAUUGGGAGUGGAUUCGCUUGUAAAAUUCGAUUGGCUACCUCCGAGACCCCCUUCUAGACAUUUAGGGCAAGCGGCAGAAAGAUUAGUCUCCUUAGGAGCUUUAUCAGUAGCAACUGGUAUGCCUAUGACGGAACGGGGAGCUAAACUAGGUGGUCUCUGCUCUGCUUGUGGCCUUAAUGAUCCUGCUGCUGCAGCUGCGUUGCUCGGCGCUGUGGAAGAAGGCUGCACAACGGAAAUCGCAGCCAUUGUCUCUUUGAUGCAGCUUCAAAGUGUUUUCGUGUCAAAUGCCAAUUAUCGAAAGACGGCGGAUCGUAGUCGUCGAGUUUUGUUCGGAACUACGUCAGGGGAUCACUUAACAGAGUUAAAUGCUUUCACAGCUUACGAGGCGCAGUCGUCCGAGCUAAAUCCUGUGGAAUUGCAGAAGUGGUGUCAGUCAGCGGGAUUGAAUGCUAGGGCUCUUCAACACGCAGUCUACCUUCGAGACAGAAUUUUGGGUGUUCUUGAACGCUCGAAAAUGCCUUGUGUAUCGGUGGAACCACCUGGAAAUCCCCAGCCAAUCAUUCGAGCCUUACUACGCGGUUUUUUCACUCAGGCGAGUCUACUUAUUUUAGCAUUAGUAGUCAGCUUUAUAUGUUUAACCGUUGGAUGUAAAUCAAUUCGUGUAUUUUAUCCUCUUGUUGCUUAUUUUAAUGUAAUCGAUAUUGUUUUUCAGGUUGCUCAGUUGUCUCCCUCCACCAGCCAUUACAUAACAGUACGUGGUAAUCAUGCUUUGCGUCUUCAUCCAAGUUGUGUGCUCUAUGCCGCUCCUUCGACAUCCCGAUGGCCGAAGUGGAUUCUCUUCUCACGAGUUCAUCUCAGCGCUCCUGUUCAUGAUAAUCCUUUAGCAACUUCGACUAGCAACGAUCCAGCCAUUGCUACGGCCACUUGUAUAUCUGGCGUGAGUGCUAUUGAACCAGAUUGGCUUAUGGAACUUGCUCCACACUACUUUCAUUUUGGAACUGCCAGGGAACAUGCUCUCAGCAAAUGA